AUGUUCUCUUCUGCCAAGCUCAGUCUGGCUCUCCUGUCCGUCGCUGCUUCGGCUUCGGCUCACAUCGCCUUGUGGCACAACGCGUCAUAUGGUUAUGAUGACAGCCAACCCAACCAAAGCGAUCUAGUUCAACCUCUUCAAAACCUCACUUUCGAUGAGUGGUGGUUCCAUGGCAAGAUCGACAGCCCUCCCGCCGAUGGCGCUGUAAUGAACCUCCCUUCCGGUGGUACCUUCCACGGUGAAGUGGCCUGCAACAAGGCACUCACCACUUGGGGUGGUGCUCCCUCCAGGCAGACUGAGUAUGCUUGUGACGCAGUCGGCGUUUUGCACACCACUGAUGAGUUUGGGGAAGAACCUCAAGAUGUCAAGGGCUGUGGCAUUGGUAUCGCAUACAAGAGCGAUGUCGAAGACAUCACGCCCGAAGAUUUCACCAUCAUCUCCGUCAAUCACACCUGCCCAUGGAAGAGGAAUGUUGAUUUUCAGAUUCCUUCGGACCUUCCUCCUUGUCCCACCGGUGGCUGUCACUGCAUGUGGGGUUGGAUCCAUGCUUCGGAUGCUGGUACUGAGCAGAAUUACUUCGUCGGCUACCGAUGCGACGUCGUAGGUGCGACAGGUUCGAUUCCUCUUCCCCAGGCCAAAGUAGCCAACAAGUGCCCCACCGACACUUCCAACUGUACCGUCGGCGCCAAGCAGCCACACUACUGGCUCCAAGCGGAGAAGAACAACAACUUCCAGGACAAUUUCGACCCCCCAUUCUACAAUGGCGACUACGGGUUCUCUGACGGAGCUCAGACAGACUUGUUCGAGGGGCAUUCAAGCAAGAGAUCUGACGUUGAAUCUCAAAAGUUGAGGGAUGACACGAGAAGGAGCAGGGUACUCCGUCGGUCUGUUGGUGGGGCGAAGGCUUGA